GUCCGGCUUCCAACCAUCACCGCGACCGAGCUGACCCACGGAGGGUUCGACGCCGCCAUGGCGAUCAAUUUGCGACCAGAAGUGGAGGAGGACGCUGCCGGGGCCUUUGCCUCGGAGCCCUUGGCGGAACUGCUCAAGGGCUUCGCCGAGGGGUGCGAUGGCGCGUUGGUCGUUUGUGGCCCACAACGGGUCCGCUCCAUGCUGGGCACCACGGGCUGUCCGGGCGUCCUUGCACUGGCCAUGGCGCAAUGUGCUAAUGCCCUUCCCGUCGAUUCACUGCUGGCGGUCUCCGCCUUCUUUGUCCUCCCAGAGGUGGAGCAUCCAACGUGUCGCUUGCCUUGCUUGGACAUCAUGGAUGGCGGUCGACGAGCGAGCUGGGAACAAUGUCACAUCGAGACCUUUACCGUGCCUCGGCACUGGCGGCCUUCACUGAUUCACUGCUGCGUUCGGUAG